AUGUCGCGACAGGCACAAGUUGAAGAAGUCUACGACUCCGACCCCGAAGAGGUCGCACCCUCCUCCGACGAUGAGCUACCUCCCCCCCUCACAGACCAAUCCAUCCUCUCCGGUGCUGGAGUUCCCCCACCAGGAGGCCCUGCUUCGAUCCCAAUGAGACCUGCCCCCGAGCCGCAGCGCGAAAUUCCCAGACACUAUCAGUGCUUGUACCCGGUUUACUUUGACAAGACCCGGUCGCGGGCAGAAGGCCGCAAGGUCGGAGCUGAAUUGGCGGUUGAGAACCCGCUGGCGAGGGAUAUCGUGGAUGCUGCGCAGAUGCUGGGAUUGCAGGUGGGGCUUGAGCCGGAAAAAUUACAUCCUAAGGAUUGGGCGAAUCCGGGACGGGUACGGGUGUUGUUGAAGAACGAGGGUGGGAAGUUGGCGAAUCCCAAGAUUAAAAAUAAACACCACCUCUAUAUCCUCGUCGCGCAAUAUCUCAAAGCCAACCCCACCACCGAGCAAUCGCCCUAUCGUCUGAGAAUCAGAGGUCUCCCCACCCCCGAGAAACUCCCUGCUGCUCCCCCCGCGCCCAGAGGUUGGAAAAUCGGCAAGAUCCUCCCCAUACACUCUCCCGCAUACAGUGGUGGCGGCGUUAGCGACAACCCUCUCAAGGACGCUAUGGCGGAGAUGCAGAACUUACAGGGUAUGCCUGGGAUGCCGCAGAUUCCAGGAAUGCCGGACAUGUCGGCAAUGAUGGGCGGCGAACCGUCGUCCGCAGGUGGUGGUGAGAAGAAGAAGAAGGAUAAAAAGAAGGGCAAGGCAUGA